ACUGUUGGAAUAUUGGGCUUAUCUGCUAUCUUUUUCAUCUGUUAAAAGUUUAGUUGACCAGUUCUUCAGCAAUCAGUUGGUUUAUGAGGGUUGGUAAAUGUCGGUUACUUGGGUUUAGUGUCGGUAAAGAUUUGUAGCUAGUUGAAGUUUUCACAAAUUUGUAUUAAAUUUAAUUAUUCUGAUGACCAUACUGGCGCCUGUCGAGAAAGCAGGAACGAUGGAAAAACUUACGGAUCCCGUCACGAGCGACAGCGAGUUAGAAGAAGGAGAGAUAGCGAACGAUGAGAUAGAAAUAAUCUCCGAAUUCAUACGCCACCCUCCAAUGAAAUCGCAGAAGUCAAGUCCAAGAAAAUCCAUUCCUGGAAGUAACUCAAUUUCAUCUAGGAAAUUAGAUAGUUUUGCACAUAGGUUGAAGCAUUCUGUGUCUAACAGUAGUGGUGGAGGGAACGUUGAAUUGAAACAUGUCAGUGAAUUGAAGCCAGUUCCAAAAACUAGCAGGGAGAAGCCAUCAAUUUCAUCGAAGAGAAAAUCACCUGCUCGAACUCCCAAAAGGUUAGGCCAAUCUAGAUCUAGAUCUACUUCUACUUCCAAGCCUGACACCAGUAGAAGUUCAAGGACUCGAUUGAAUAGUACCAGAUCCAGCAGAGGAAGGCAGUCAUCAAAUCAGGCUAAGAAAGAAGAAAAGUUAAUAAAUUCAGUAACCUAUGAAUCAGAAGAAUCUAAAGAAAAAAAAUGGAAGCAAUCGUUUGAAGAAUUAUUAGUUACCCCAGGUUCUGUGGAAAGCAUAGAUGAUGACUCUGGUUCGGAAGGUGAUGAAGAACUUAAACUACGGAUAGAAGCCCUUAACUCAGUUGUUGUGAAUGCAAAGCCAAAAGAUGUUUCAAAUGAUGUGGUUUCCUCCAAAAGUGAUUCUACACCAGAGCCAAUAAUCUCUAAUGGAGUACAGGAAGAGGAUGAAGGAGAUGAUGAAGAUGAGGAGUUAUUGAGAGCGCAGUUGUUGAUUGAAGUGGCACGGAAACAAACGAAGGAACUAGAAGUGCAAAUGCAGCCCGAGGAAAAGGACACAAAAGCCGAAGAACCAGCCGUGCCGAAUCUUGCUUUUGAAAGGCGAAACCAAGCGACAAAGAUUCCUUCCAAAUCCGUUCAUAUCCCAAAAGCUGAUCGACUUGUAAUUGAUUUACGGAACGAUUCUUCUGAUUCAAGUGACGAAGACGACGGCGUGCAAAGUUCGAUUACUGCCCUUCUUAAAUCGGCUCGACAAACGGUAGAAGAGAAAAGUUCUAUUGUUCCAAAUGCCCUGUCUCAUCUACCUCGCAACCAACAAGAAGAAUAUCAAAGGCUGAAGCAAGAAAUUGUUCGUCGAGAAAAAAUGAAGCAAGGAGCGUCAAAAGUUUCCCCACUCAUUCAAUCCCAAUCAGAUGGUCUUUCUAAAAUGGAUUCAACUUCAGGAGCGUCCACCCAGCUUCUGUUACAACAGCCGGUAGUGAUUUCUACGCAUUCCGAGAAGUCUGUUAAUACCGUUCCUCCUCAGGUUGAUUUUGUUCCGUCAAUGGAUCAAGAAAUGCUCAUCUGUUCCCCUAUAAAUACUCUUGAUUCGACUACACCAUCUCCUAUUAUUCUUCCACAUUCUGCGUCUCCGGGAAGCAUUGUUAAAGAAAGCGAAAAAAAUGAAUCUAUCGCUAUUACUAGUGGAAAAUCUGACGGAGCCUCAGUUACAAGACCCACCACAACAUCGACCCGCCCUUUGGAUAGUUUGAAGAAGGCCUCUCCCAUGAAAUCCAACGAAUCCAAUUCACCCAAGCUUAUUGCUCUGAAGCAACAGCUACUCCAUAAAAAGCGAGAUUUAGCAUCGACCAAAGAAGCGCUGAAGUGUCAAUUGGGAUUGGUGGACAAGAAUCGAUUACUGUGGUUAAACAGCAGCCAAGAAGUCAAUCGUCUCAAGGCUCUUCUUCAAGCGGCCGAAGGAACUGAGCGCCAACUCCGCACUCAGCUGACAAACUCUCAGCUUCAAACGCAACGUUUAAAAACAAAGAUGCAGUCGGUGGAACGUCAAGUGACUGUACUUCACAGCGGUAUAGGGGCACAUCGAACACGACGCAUUUCCGCUAAAUUACGACCGAAAUUGACCAAUCAACCUGGAUUGAACAGUUCGACAACCACUUUUACUUUACCCUCUUUAACGCCUCUUCGUGUCAAACCCCGUGUCUUUGCCAAAGCAUUGGCCAAAACCAAUCACCUGACUUAUCACAGACCUACAACGGCCGCCGUUGACAGCGAAGUGUCAAUGUCUGUUAAAGGGAGUGUUCAAAUUAAAGCAAAACAGAACUUUUCUGGUGUUUUAGAAGGAAACAAAGCUCUUCACGACGAACAGUGGCUGUAUGGUACCUUAGGCGAUGAUUGGAGUCAGUCAAAUGUUGUCAGCGAUUUCCCAAAGUGGUCUCCUCAUGGACAUGCCAGCCGAUUCCUUAGCAACGAAGGGUUUCGUGUAGAUUCGUCACUCGUAGUCUGCCGCUAUCAACUGGAUUCGACGCCUUGCGAAAUUGUGCCGUGCCCAUUUCAACACCUCCUCCCUCAGAAGGAUGUGCGCCAGUUAGAAAAAUCAUCACCUAUGGUCUCCAAAAGCACAGCCAGGUUGGCAACGUUGGCCCUUCUGCAGCUCUCAUGUUUUGACAAACCCGGCAGCAGGAGAGUCUAUACUCACUUAUGUUUGCCCUUGAAAUAGUGUUGAAUCAAGUUGCUGAAUGAGCGUCUAAGGUUAUAUAAUUCACACUAAUUCUCUCUCUUUUUCCUAGUGCGAGCCGCGGUGAGGUAUGACCUUGUUAUGAGCAUAACAAGAUAAAAAAUGCAGGAUGUAAUCCUACAGCAAGUUAGUAGCUUACCUCAUGCGCUACUGUGCCAAACUUGUAACUAAGAGCGUAAGUAUAAAGUUUACUGUUUUUCGUCUUCCAUUCGUUGAGGAGUGAUCAAGAAAAGAGAAGUUUUGUGAUAAUAUAUUUAGCAACUAAAUAUGUCUGCUGAUCUUAUGUCGUUCCUUCAGACAUUUGUCUGACCCGAACGAUUUCGCGAUGUCCGAAGAAUCGCAUGGAAAGCAGUCAGUUAGUGUGUGUGUGUGUGUGUGUGUUUCGAGCCAGCCUUAAUCGCAGUGAUAAUUCCUGCUCCAUCGUAUUUCGAGAAAUUGUCUUACCUCAUCGGUGAAUCAUCUGUGUACGACGGAAAGAAGAGAAAAAAAAAUAAAUGUACAAAGAACUGG